AUGAAGCUAGGGGAACAAGAAAAUAAACUGGAAUUCUUAGUGGACACCGGAGCAACCUUUUCAGUCUUAAAUCAAGCACUGCUGCCUUUGGAUGAGAGCUAUGUUUCUGUGAUAGGGGCUACAGGUCAAACUGAGAAGGCAUAUUUUUUUAAACCUCUUAAAUAUAAAUAUGGUAAAACAUGGGGCUUACAUAAAUUUUUAUAUAUGCAAUGCCCCAAAGUCAUUGCUGGGAGGGAUUUGUUGGAAGCAUUGGGAGCUGAAAUUAAAUUUAAUAAGGGGAAGGUAGAAUUCAGAGUAAGGGAGGAACAGUUGAUUGAGGUUUUAAGUCUUGCAUUAAUGAGCCCUCGACAAGAGAAAAACAGAAUAAGAGAAAGCAUAAAAGAUCAAGUAUAUCCUGGAGUCUGGGACACUGAGCAGCCUGGAAGGGCUAAAAAUGCCCUACCUGUGAUAAUAGAUCUUAAGCCUGGAGCUCCACCAGUUAGAUUAAAACAAUAUCCUUUAAGGAAAGAAGAUAGGGAAGGAGUUUUGCCUAUUGUAGAAAAAUUCUUAAAGUAUGGGCUGCUAACAGAGUGUGAAUCAGCUUACAAUGCUCCAGUUUUACCUGUAAGGAAACCAGCUGGAGGGUAUCGGUUAGUGCAGGACCUAAGGGCUAUAAAUAAAAUAACAAAGGAUAUCCAUCCUGUGGUGGCAAACCCAUACACCCUCUUGACUCAAUUAAGAACAGAAUUAGAAUGGUUUACCGUCUUGGAUCUAAAAGAUGCCUUUUUCUGUUUACCCCUGGCCCCCGAGAGCCAGCCACUGUUUGCCUUUGAAUGGGAGAACCCAGAAACUAACCGGAAGUGUCAAUUAACUUGGACAGUCUUGCCCCAAGGGUUUAAGAACAGUCCUACGAUCUUUGGAAAUCAGCUUGCAAAAGAAUUCGAAAAGUGGAACAAGCCAGAAGGCAACGGAGUUCUGCUGCAGUAUGUAGAUGGCAUCCUGCUGGCCACCAAGACCAGGACGGAUUGUGAAAGGUGGACUGUGAGUAUUCUGAAUUUCCUGGGACUGAAUGGGUAUCGAGUUUGCCCACAGAAGGCCCAAAUAGUACAGCAGCAAGUAACCUACUUGGGAUAUGAAUUAACAGCAGGACAACGAGUGCUGGGCCCCGAAAGAAAGGAGGCCAUCUGUUCUAUCCCACUGCCAAACACAGCAAAGGCACUCCGAACCUUUUUGGGAAUGACAGGGUGGUGCAGGUUGUGGAUUUAUAAUUCUGGCCUGCUUGUGAAACCCCUCUAUGAAUUAUUGAAAGUGACUGAUAAGGACUUGCAAUGGAAUGGAGAAGCUGAACAAGCUUUCCAUACCUUAAAGAAGGAAUUGAUGAGGGCACCAGCACUAGGCCUACCUGAUGUCACUAAACCUUUUUUAUUGUAUUCCCAUGAAAGCCAAGGGAUAGCACUCGGAGUCCUAGCACAAACCUUAGGACCCUACCGAAGGGCAGUGGCAUACCUCUCUAAACAACUGGAUGAGGUAAGCAAGGGAUGGCCAGGAUGCCUGAGGGCCGUGGCAGCAGUUGCAAUUAACAUUCAAGAGUCUCACAAAUUCACAAUGGGGCAGAAGAUCACGGUCCUGGUAUCACACACCAGCUCUGCUGUUCUAGAAGCCAAGGGAGGACACUGGCUGUCUCCACAACGAUUUCAUCAACACCAAGCCAUCCUAGUGGAGCAGGAUGAUGUAGAAAUUAAAGUUGCUAACUUUGUCAAUCCAGCCUCUUUCCUCCAGGGUGGUGAUGGAGAACCAGUUAUUCACGAUUGUUUGGAAACAAUUGAGGCCACUUAUUCCAGCAGACCUGACCUGAAGGAAGAACCCCUGGAAAAGGCAGACCAUAACUGGUACACUGAUGGAAGCAGUUUUGUGAUCCAGGGAGAAAGAAAAGCUGGGUACGCCGUAACUACCGCAGAAGAGGCAAUAGAGGCAGAAGCCCUACCAAGUAACACCUCCGCUCAAAAGGCAGAGAUAAUAGCACUCAGCAGAGCCCUUGAGCUUUCCCAAGGGAAAAGUGCAAACAUAUGGAUUGACUCCAAGUAUGCCUUUGGGGUGGUACAUGCCCAUGGAGCCAUUUGGAAGGAAAGAGGACUGUUGACAUCUCAAGGAAAAGGUAUUAAGCAUGCAGAAGAAAUACUGAGGCUGCUAGAAGCAGUGCAGAAGCCAAGCAAAGUAGCCAUAAUGCACUGCAAAGCACACCAAAAAGGGAAUACUGGUCAGGAAAGAGGCAACAGACUGGCAGAUGAACCAGCAAAAAGGGUGGCCAGGGAGGGGAGGAAGGUGGCAGAGUUUGUUUUGAUCCCAGAUGGCAAACUGUCAAUUGAGCAAAAAGAGCCAGAACCUGUGUACAGCACAGAGGAUCAGAAAUUAAUUAAAGACCUUUUGGGGAAUAGGAUAGGAAAGGGCUGGGCCAGGACACCGGAUGGGAAAUUAAUCAUUCCCACUAACCUUCUCUGGGCUUUUGUUCAGAUGGAACAUGCAAAGACUCACUGGGGAGCAGAAGCCCUGUAUGGAAAAUUGGUUCAGGAGUGUAUAGCACGGAAGUUAUACACCACAGUAGAACAGGUAACCCGGCACUGUGAGGUGUGUCUUAAGGCUAACCCCAAAGUAAGAAGAGGAGUUAGACUGGGACAAAUUAGCAAAGGAAAUUAUCCAGGACAACAAUGGCAAAUUGAUUUUACUGAGCUCCCAAGAAAGGGGGGAUACAGGUACCUGUUGGUACUCACUGACACCUUCUCUGGUUGGCCAGAAGUAUUUCCCUGCUGCACAAACAAAGCACGGGAGGUUACUAAGGCAGUGUUACAAGAGAUAAUACCUCAUUUUGGGGUACCUGCUGCUAUUUCCUCAGACAGGGGACCUCAUUUUGUGGCCAAGGUGGUACAGCAGGUGAGCAAAAUUUUAGGGAUUGAUUGGCAACUCCACACCCCCUACAAUCCACAUUCAAGUGGGCAAGUGGAGAAAAUGAACCACUUAAUCAAAAAUCAGAUAGUAAAAAUUGGACAGGAAGCAAACCUGCCUUGGCCACAAGCAGUACCAAUUGCCCUGUUGCGAAUUCGAACUAAGCAAAGAAUAAAGGAAGGGUUGAGCCCAUUUGAAAUCCUGUUUGGAAGACCUUAUGUAGUAGGCACUAUGGACCCUUCUGAAGCAGGGCAAUUUAGAGAGGAAAUGUUGAACAAGUAUGUUCAGCAAAUUUAUAAGAACCUGAGCAUUGUCAACAAACAGGUGAUUGGAACCCAUGUGAGAGGGUUAGACAGACCAGUCCAUGAUGUGGAACCUGGAGAUUAUGUCUAUGUCAGAUCUCUUUCAGAGAACCCUCUGGAGCCCAAGUGGACUGGACCAUACCAGGUGUUACUGACAUCCUUCACAGCCAUCAAAAUCAAGGAACAAGCUGCUUGGAUUCACCACACCAGAGUCAAGAAGACCUCAGCGAGAGAAUGGAAACUCGAAUCCCAGGGGCCCCUGAAGCUCAAGUUGUAUAGAUAA